AUGAAGGAUACCACGGACUAUAAGCGACCAAUCGUAGCGUCUAUGACCUUCCUCCACAUGUGCUAUCUGGCCUUCGCUCUGGUAAUUUAUCGAUACUGUGGAGUAUGGAUCGCCAGUCCAGCCCUAGGAAGUGCUGGGGAAGUGAUAAAGAAAGUCACCUAUGGAAUUGCUAUACCUGGCCUGUGGAUCAGCUCCACGGUCAAUCAGCAUCUGGCAGCCAAAUACAUCUUUGUGCGUCUGCUGAAGGGUACGGAACACCUUCAGAAGAAAACCAUAGUUCACUGGGCUACAUGGCUAGGCGUUUCUUCUGCUUGCGGAAUUGCAGCGUUCAUCAUAGCCGAGGCUAUUCCAUUCUUCGGGAGUCUUAUCGGUCUGCUUGGUGCUAUUGCGUAUGCCCCCAUGGCGGUCUCCUCUGCGUUCUCUUGUGCAGACAAGUAA